AUGUCGUCCUGGCGGCCGCGCUCCCGCCUCGCCGCGCACCUCUUGCUCGCGCGUCCCAUCCCACCACCCCCGUUACCCGCCCGCCGCUGCCUCCGAGGCUACUCGACGACGCCGCCCGCGGCGCCCACCACACGCGAUUCUCUUCAGGAUCUCUGGUCCUCGCCGAGCAUCCGCCUCGCGCCCCUCCCAACCCUUUUUCCCCCUCGCAGGCGAUCCGCUCCGCGCGACCUUUCGACCUCCAGACCGCGGCCUCUUUUUCUCGACCAGGCGCCCAGCUUCGCCUACUCCGCCGUCAGCUGGCGCAGCCACCAGGUCAACUACUACGUCCCCGAGGUGUGCGUGCUGGGCUGCUCCAACGCGGGCAAGUCGACCUUUAUCAACGCCCUCCUCGGCGCUACGGGCCUGGCGCGGAGCAGCUCCCGCCCGGGAAGCACGCGGGAGAUGAAUGCGUACGCGACAGGUCCCGUCGUCAAGCGCAAGGUUAUCAAGAACGAAAAUGCCAAGGCCCCGCCCAAGAUGGACCUGCUGCGGAGCCUCAUCCUCAUGGACACACCCGGCUACGGGUACAACAGUGUCAAGGAGUGGGGUCGCCAGAUUGAGGAGUACCUCGAGCGGCGCACCAUGCUCAAGGGCGUCGUCCUCCUCCUGCGCGCCGACGUUCCGCUCACGCGCUGGGAUACCGAAGUCCUCGAGUUUCUCGCCCACCAUCAGAAGCGCACACUCGUCAUCUUCACCCGCGCGGAUCGCUGCCGUGCCGACGGCGCCGCUUGGCUCGACGCUUGCGCGGCGCGCUGCGACCAGGUGAGGGAGCUCGUCGAGAACCCGAAGAGGGGCAAGUCCCAAGGCGACUGGGUCCCUGAGAUGUGCGUCACCGCCGCGGGUAUGGGCGACGCCCUCUUCGCCAAGAGGGCAAAACUUAAAAGAAGCCCGGCCCGCGAGGAGGCUGGCAUGGGCGGUGCGCGGAUCGCCGUGCUUAGGCUUGCGGGUCUGAUGGGCAAGGAGGCCAAGAGCAAGGAACCGGCUCCGGAACCAUGGGUGGGCAAGAUCGUGUCUUGGGACGAUAUACCUAUGAAAGGCGGCUGA